AUGUCUCAUCCCCAUUCGUGUGCCGUUAGGCUCGCGUGUGCCGUGCCUGUCACCGCCGAAACCGCACAGGCGUCUGUCCCCGCGUCGCCCACAAGCACCUCCGCGUCGCCUACAAGCGCCUCCGCCUCGCACACGAGCACUGCUCGUCUCUCACCAGCUUCGCCCAGCGAUGGGCAGCCUGGCACGUCCCGACUCGGCACCUCCACCUCCUCAACCAAGGCCACUUCCCACUUCGUCGUCCCAUCCCACUCCUUCUCCCACACGCACUCCUUCCCGGCGCAGUGGUCCAUCCUGCCCACGCCCUCCGCGGGUGCCCCCGAGCAGUCGCGCCCCCACCCCCACGUCUCUGGUGCCGGCGCGCGUCCCCCCGGCGGGCGGCACCAGUCCAGGGUCACGGUCGCGCUCGAGAUCAUCGCGGGCCUCACCGGGCUCGUGCUCGCGAGCGCACUCUUCCGGUGCGUGUACUCGUACCGACGCGCGCCCGCGCGGGACCGCAUCGCCGCCCUCGUCGACCGCCACACGCUCCAGCGGGAGGUCGAGGAGAGCGAGCGCGGGCGCAUCGUGCGCUCGCUGCACGCCACCUGGCGCCCGCCCCCGCCGCGAUACGAGCCCGCGCCGGAGUACGACGCCGUCGCGCCCGCGGGGGACUCGAUCGACUGGGGUGCGCCGCCCGGCUUCACGGACCCGGGGCACUACCGCGACGGGCUGGGUAGCCCGUUCGACGGGACGAACGCGCGCACCUCGCUCGCCCGCCCGCCACCGUCCCACCCGUCCCGGUGGGCGUGA